AUGGUAGCUCCUAUCGAUUCCCCUACAGCUCCCCCUGCUGUAGCCAUCGGGGCAGGGGGUAAGACCCUCCCAGCUCCUUACAAAUCCACGGGAAACGAAGCUUUAGAUACACUUGCCUUUCUACAUCUUCUAGAACAACUAAAGGUGCAAAAACGUUCAGGGUGGAUAAGAGAAGGAGUCCGUGAACCAGAAUCAAUAUCAGAUCAUAUGUGUCGUAUGGCAUUGAUGGCUAUGGUGCUUCCUAAUGAUCCGGAUCGACCUCUGGACAUUCCAAAAUGUGUCAUGAUGGCUCUAGUCCACGAUCUCGCCGAAGCCCAUGUGGGCGAUAUCACCCCCGUUGAAGGAGUCUCUCCCGAGGACAAACAUAGAUUAGAAGAGCAAGCUAUGGAGACGUUCUUGAAUGAGAUGUUGGGUGGGAGUGGGAAUAUGGAUGCGAGAGAAAGGUUUAAAAGUCUGUUUGAAGAAUAUGAAGCGAGACAAACUCCAGAGUCAAAAUUGGUCAAGGAUCUGGAUCGACUCGAGUUGGCUCUUCAGGCUGUGGAAUAUGAACGGACUCAGGAUAUUCGCACUUUACACCCUUUCUUCACUGGUUCUAUCCCCAACCUAGAACAUCCCGUAGUACGUCAAUGGGCAAUGGUAUUGAUGGAAGAACGUCGUCAGCUUUGGGCUUCACGCGGUAGGGGAGAAGAAGAGCAAGCGGGAUUGAAUGGUUGCGGAGGGAUAGGUUUCAACAGUUGA